AAACUUAUUAAAUAGGUGAAAUGAAUUUAAACGGAGGUCCAUCAGCUUGGGUCUUGAUGUGCUUUUCGUGUUGUGUUGCAAUUGAUCUGUUCGACAAAGACGUCUCAGUGAAAAUAAGAUCCGCGGUUUUGGAGGCCUCAUAUCGUGAAACUAAACCUGAUGGCAUUGAAGAAAUAACUGUGGAAAAACCUUUCUACCAAACAAAAGCGGAUAAUCCUCAGUUUGGCUACGACGUGGCGUCAGUGUUCAUAAACAAUGGCCCAAACAAGGAAGAUACUCCUGCAGUGUUGGUCUCGGCACCAGGGAAUCCGAGUAUCGAGUUUGCGGAUCCAGGUUUUGUCGAGAUGCAAAACCUAAAACGCUCCAUCACGUCAAGACAAUCAGCGAUAGAGAAGGGAAAUUUCGCAUUGUUGACCAUUGACCCGGUUAACAAAUACAAUGCUCACGGGAUGUUCGGGUCCAGCCUUUUAACCGUACCUUCGAUGCCGGGUGACCUGAUAGAGUACCACUUGUUCUCCGGAAGCCCCACUAAUGCCAACUGUGACAGCAAAAAUCCCAUUGCAAAUGAGAGUGUGUCUUUUGACACUGUCGGCUAUGUCUUCAAGUCUAGUAUCGGCUACAGCACGAGGAAAAAAGAAUUACUGGCUACGAUGGAGGACUCCGAUAUCGAAAUUAGCAACGCUUGUUUCCAGGGAUCGUCCUACGGCGGAAGUGGUCAAUAUGCCGGUCUCUCGCAGGCCAACAGAAACGAAAUGGGAUUUUCCUCACACAUGACGAAAGACUACAAGACUUUGCUGUUCGGAGCUCCCAUGUUCAAGAAUCAGGGAGGCUUUGUACAGAUUCUUCAUAGAGAAGAUGCACUUGAGAACAAUUAUGAAGCGUUCCAGGAAAGCCAAGACCUGCGGUUAUUCUACCUAUGUGACGCAAAGGCGCUGAAAAAAUACACUGGCUAUGAUCCCUCUGCUCGCGAGGGUGUGGACUUGAACAAAUUGGUGUGUCCAGUUGAUUUGACCUACGGAUACUCUGUAGCCUCAGUCCUAAUCCCAGGCGAAAAGGGCACCAACAAGACUUGGUUACUGAGCUCGCGAAAUGCAACUUCGCGGUUAUUCUACCUAUGUGACGCAAAGGCGCUGAAAAAAUACACUGGCUAUGAUCCCUCUGCUCGCGAGGGUGUGGACUUGAACAAAUUGGUGUGUCCAGUUGAUUUGACCUACGGAUACUCUGUAGCCUCAGUCCUAAUCCCAGGCGAAAAGGGCACCAACAAGACUUAUUUGGCAACUGGAGGGCCCAGAGCACAAGGUCUGAAAGGCGAAAUCAAGCUGUUCCACUUCAUUCCGGGUAAAACUUAUAUCGUGGAUUCGUUUGAGUUCCUGGACUCUCUGGUGGGCGCGAGUUUCAAUACCGGAUUCGGAACUACCAUCGUGGGUGCUGAUUUGGACGGAGACGGAUAUGAUGAACUGCUGGCUGGAGAACCAUACUACACGGACGAUACAUCGGACACGUACAAUUCGGGAUGUGUGACUAUCUACGUGUACAACCAAAAGAGAGGCGAAUACGAGUACAAGUACACUCUGAAGUCGCCCUCCCCCUCAAAGAGUAACAUGUUCGGAUUCAAAGUGGCACUUUUGGGCGACGCAGACGCCGAUGGUGGAGAGGAUAUUCUGAUCACAGCUCUGAAUGAGAAGAACGAUGAUGGAUCAUCUGGUAAAGUGUACUUGUUCAGUGGCAGAUCAAUCAGCUCAGUCUACACGUACUCAGUUUACAAGAACGACUACCCUACUAUUCUGCAGGAGUUCACAAAGACUGAGGGAAAACUGUUCGGAUUCAGCGUGGGCUCAAAUGCAGUUGAUUUGGACGAGAAUGAGUUCAAAGACUUCGUUGUGGGAGAUCCAGGAAAGGACAACCAAGCUGCCUAUGUCUUCUAUUCAUCCACCUUUAUUCGACUUCUGCAUCCGGAAGGAAUUCCAAACAGUCUUCGAUACGAAACUCCUAAAAAUCACGCGCGUUGUCCGUCUGAAAUAUUGGACAACAAUAAAGACAUUAAUUUUUGCCAGAUUCUCCAAAUUGUUGUUGAAAAUAAAGGUUUUUUGAAAAGUGACGUAGAUUAUUUCCAUUGGCGACCUGUUCCAACGCCGUGGAAAUUUGAGCAGGAUUUCACAAUUGACGUGAAGAUAUCUAAAGUUCCGGAUGAGACUAAAAUUGAGGUGUAUGGUGCUUCUCUGUCUGCCGAAUUCGGCCCCAAUCAACCGAACGAGAAGACGCUUUCAUUCUACGUGUUUGGAACGGUGCCUGAGAUUUACGGUGCCACUCUGAAGCUGGAAGCGAAAACCACUGUUAAAAGCGGCAAUGAAAUUAUAGUGGAGAAAGGCAGCGAUGUUAAAGGACCAACUGUCUUGGCGCCUCUUUUAACAAAACCAAUCGAUAUUUCAAUCUCCCCGCCUGCAAAAGUAUCAAUGAAGGUCUCUGAGGAGCAAAGCAACCCUUUGAAAGUAAUUUUGGGUUCAUCCAAAAAUCAGAUGAGGGCUGUCAUAACACUAAAAAGUGAAAAUGAAGUGAAUUUUGUGAAUGGGGAACUGAGGAUUACUCUGGGAACUAAGUUGAUUGGCUUUACCUAUGCGAAGUCAGAUCCGGAAUCACUGGUUUCUUGUCAAACCGAUUUGCAGGGAGAAGUGAUCAGUUGUUUCUUCGUGCAGGACAGAAAAUUCACAAUUGCAAAAAUCACAAUUGCGAUGAGCGGGGAUCGGCUGGCGGGAGGAGAGAGCGGGAUGGCAGUGCUGCCUCUGAACUACAGAUUGACUUGGGCCAACAUUGAGAAGGAGGGCGAAGGGGUGGAAGAAGAUAAUGACCAGAUUGUUAUCCAAUACGAGGCCCAAUUAAAUUCGCAUAAAACAUCGGGAGUUGUAGCGGAGAAGACGCCCUUUGCAAAGAAAAAUAGUCUGCAGUAUACAUUUUCUUUGGAGAACACCAAAACAUCCAUGAUUGGCGAGACCGAAGUAACCAUUUACACGCCAUACAGUCAAGACUUCAACGUCACAGUAGAGCGCGACGAGUGCACAACGGACAAGUUAGUUGACAGUGACAAUAAGUGUUCCAGCUCAAAGUGCCAGAUUGUGAAAUGCACUGUGAAGGAACUGGGCAGCAAGGCGAAGACCACCAUCGGAAUCAAAGUGACGUAUGUUGACGAGAAGGCGUGGACUUCUCUUGUUAACAGACAGAGUGAUUUGUGGUUCAAAACUGACUACCAGGUGGUAGGAGAGCCAGACUACCAGACCAAUCUCUACAAGAAACCCGAAAAUCCCUCAGGUGGGGAGACGUUGACGACCGAGGUGAUCUCAGCCGGGGCUCCGUUCCCCUGGUGGAUAGUGAUAGUGACGCUGCUGGUAUCAAUUGCCGUAGUCUCCAUCGUCAUAGUCGUGCUUUACAGAAGAGGCUUCUUCACCAAGAGGGAUCCGAAUUUGAUCAGACAAGAUGAUAUCCAAGAUGAGGAGUACGUGGAUGAUGACCAGGAGAUGACGAGGAAACCAAUUGAUUUCACUAGUGCAGCCUACUGAUAACGAAACAUGAAACAGGAUAGGAAAGAGCAACAUCUUCUCUCCGAACCUCCUGGAGCGAGCAAUGACAACAUCAUUAUCAAGAAAAACAAUUUAAAGGAUGUUCUUAUCACUUCCUUUCAUAACAAAUAAUAGAAAUGUUGAUUCAAAUAAUACCAAAAAUCGACUGACAAAACAUUUCGAAACAACAAUUCCCUGAAAUUAUUAUGAUCUAUGUGCAUUUGAAGAUCAAUUUGGCGAUAAAUAUUUUCAAAUCAUUUUCCGAUGAACUAACGUGUUACGAAACAUCAGUCCUCAUUCAUGCUACGAGUAUGAAAUUUGAUUGCGAACCUUCAAAAACAGAAAAAAAAAUUCGAAAAUUGUUAAUUUUGAUCAAAAUAUUGUCAUGUGUAAGCAGAAUGAAUUAUAAAUAUAUUGCGCUGAAUUUUUAUGAAUUUUGUUACACUGUGACCUGAAAUAUUUUUGAAAUGUUGAACUUAAUUUGAUGAAUUGAUUGACAUGAAUUAUUGCUCUUUGUCAUCCACGCUUUAAAUGCUUCAAGAUGUUUUUAUUCAAUCAAUUGUUUCGUCUGCUUGGGUGCUUACUAUUCAAAAAAGUGUUCCUUGAAAACUAUGCUUCGAAACAUUCACCAUUAUGACAACGUUCUCAUCAAAUUCAUUCACGAAUAACGCGCUGGGCUUUUAAGAAAAAUUACAAAUAAGUUGUCGAAGUUUACUGUGGUAAAUAGGAGCUAUUUUUUUUUUUCAAAACAAGUGGAAGAACCUCUUUCAAGUUCAUUUUGAGUUUAUUGUUGUUCUGAUUGUUCUUAAAUAAAGUUUGCCCUAAAAUCAAUAGAUCACAUUUGUUAUAACCCAAACUAUAACACAGUAUUUAUAAACCUAUUUCUUUCGUUUGUUAGUUAUAUUCUGAGCUAUAUAGUGAAAUCCUGAUUUUGAUGCCCAAAAUUUACACACGGCAAACACACUUUAAUAGGUUGCCAUACAUAUUUCAAAGAAUCUAGCGGAUCCCUUUUAUUUGACAUCAGUUUGGAAGUGUAUGUAAUAAUGUGCUCAGUUUUAUGUGUUUAUCUCAUUGACUGCAUAUGCAACUUAACUAGUAAUGGAUUUCACCAGCCAUAUAUUAAAGCAAGUUCAAAUUUCAUGCCUUAAGCAGAUUUAUAAUGUCCCGAUUUGAGUUAAAUUUAGAUCAUUGAUGCUCCAACUUUGUUUUAGUUGUCAAAUACAUGCAACAAAAAUGUAUAAAUGUAUCACAAUAUCACGAUGGUUUGUUUUCACGGCAAUAAAUAUAAUCACGCGACGAGAAAUUAAAUAUGAAACAAAAAUUAACAAAAGUUUGUAUUAUGGCGGACGAACAUAUAAUUUAAAAAAUUAUGAGAAAGUUAAAUGCUGCAUAAUGUGAUAAUUUAAUAGCAAAUUCUAUAAUUGACAACUAAAGGAUUAUAAUGAAUUGUAAUACUAAAUCGCAGGUUGUGUUGAUGCAUUGAAUUGCUAAAUUGAAUUAAAAUAAGUGGAUGUUCAAACAGUCGUAAUUUCACUAUUCCCUCCAGGUAGUUUUCACUUUCUCAGACACUGACGGGUUAUCAUCUGGUCGGUGGAGAUCUACAUUGAAUUUCAAUUUCAAAUCAUAAACAUGGAUUUUUGAUUUCUUGUUUGAAUUUAUAACUGAAGUGCUUGCUUUGUAAAAUACUUUCUUUUUUUAUCUUUCGGCUUCUAUUUUGUUCCAGAUGCUAACUUGAAAAUAAAUAUAAAUAUCGUUUCCAUUUGAACGCUAGUUUGAUACGACUUCAAUUCAAUCUUUCAUGAAUAAA